AUGAAAAUUUCAAUAUCAAAAAUUUUUAGAACUAGUUCUUCCGAUAAAAUUUCGAAAAGAAGAUCAAGUUCUUCAUCUUUGACAUCGUCGGAUGAAGAUUCUCCUUUGUACAUUUUUGAUCCAAAUUCCACCAAUAUAAGUCACCUACCAUAUGACAUUGUCCAAAAGAUUCUCAGUUAUGUUCACGACAAUGUGAUCCUCACACAUACUUUUAUCAAUGUCUCUCUGGUCUGUAAAAACUGGCGUACUCUCUGUAGAAUCAGCGGUCACGUGUUGAAUGUCAACAACUUUUUUCAACGUACUCUACAGCUGAAAAUGAAGUCCGAUGUCACCGAGAAUUCACCGGACGACGCCAAAACUCUGAACAACUAUCUCAGAGACAACAACACCCUCACCGAACUCAAUUUAAAUCUCUCUGGUUGCAGCAGUCUCGAUUCCGUCAAGAACUUAAUGGAGUCCAACACCAAGUUAAAAUCUCUAAACAUCCGAAAUAUGAGCAACACCACAUCCGAUUUCAGUUUUGUCAGCAGUGAAUUCAUUAAUCAUCUGAUAAACGCACUCAUAAACAACAAGAAUCAAGCCAUUACACAUUUGAAUCUCUCUGGUUUAAAACUUGACGACAGUUCUAUGACUCUGCUCGGUACUUUUGUAGGUCAAUCCGGCUCGAAACUGGCGCGUCUAGAAAUAUCGGAUUGUCCCAACACUUUCAACGCAGUGCCUUUCCUAGAGUUUGGAAAAGGCAUAGAACUCAACAAAACACUAUCAUCACUCAUCCUCAACCGCAACAAAGUAUCACACACUGAUUCCUACCAAGAAUUAAUUACACUCUUUGAAUCAAAAGAAUUUCACAACCUCGAGACUCAAGGUACAUUCACUUUUCACACUUUUUCAUCGCCACAACCAUCACCACGCUCACCAAGAUCACCCUUACCCAACAGAAAAGAUUCCGGAAAUCAAAAAAGUUUAAAUUGUCUCAGCAAUUGUAAUUCAAUAAUAGAGAUUUCCAAUUGUGAUAAUAGAUUAAUUGUUUAA